UGGGCUGUAGGGAUUGCAACACUGACCAUCCUGUUGCUGCUGCCUCUCAGAUGUGACAGGUUUUAGAGGAGCAGCACUGAUAUGAGAGACAAUCCAUGCUCGACAGAACAACAAGCACACUCUUAGAUUUCCCAGAACAGCACUGCAGGUCUAAUGGGGGACUUGAGGCAGAAGAUGGUGGUCAUGUCACAAACUAUAUGCCCACACUCACGGGCUCCGCCUGAUGAAGACCUGAAGGCCCCGAGCGUGGGGAAGGAAGAGAAAAUGAGCUUGAAGCGAGAAAUCUCUCUCAUGAACGGUAUCUGCCUCAUUGUGGGCAACAUGAUCGGCUCUGGGAUCUUUAUCUCGCCAAAGGGCGUGCUCAUGUACAGCGCCUCGUAUGGGCUGUCGCUGCUGAUUUGGGCUCUCGGAGGCGUCUUCUCAGUGUUUGGGGCUCUGUGCUACGCAGAGCUUGGCACCACGAUCACAAAGUCUGGAGCCAGCUAUGCCUACAUCCUGGAGUCCUUUGGCGGCUUCCUGGCUUUCAUCCGCCUGUGGACGUCCAUCCUGCUGAUUGAGCCAGCCAGCCAGGCUGUGAUCUCGCUGACCUUUGCCAACUACCUCGUGGAGGCUUUCUACCCUACAUGCCAGCCGCCCUACAAUGCUGUCCGCCUCAUCGCUGCAGCCUGCCUGUGUAUACUCAUUUUUAUCAACUGUGCCUAUGUGAAGUGGGGCACUCUAGUCCAGGACAUCUUCACAUAUGCCAAACUCAUGGCACUCUUCCUCGUCAUCGCUGUCGGCAUCAUGAAAUUAUCUUGCGGAGAAACAAAGAACUUUGAGGGCUCAUUCGAGGGCUCAACCACAGAUCCGGGAGCCAUAGCUUUGGCUCUCUACUCCGCUCUGUUCUCCUACUCUGGCUGGGAUACUCUCAACUUUGUCACGGAGGAGAUUAAGAAUCCCGAGAGAAAUCUGCCUCUGGCCAUUGCCAUUUCCAUGCCCAUAGUGACCAUCAUCUACCUGCUGACUAAUGUGGCGUACUACGUGGUUCUGGACAUGCCGUCUCUGCUGGCCAGUGAUGCCGUCGCUGUGACAUUUGGGAACGCAGUCCUGGGACCAUUCAAGUGGAUCAUCCCUGUUUCUGUGGCCAUGUCCUGCUAUGGAGGACUCAACGCUUCAAUCAUUGCGGCCUCACGGUUGUUUUUCGUUGGAGCCAGAGAAGGUCACCUGCCCAACAGCUUGAGUCUGAUCCACAUGGAGCGCUACACACCUGUACCUGCCCUGCUGUUCAACGGCUUAAUGGGUCUGAUCUUUCUGUGCGUGGAGGACGUGUUCCAGCUCAUCAACUACUUCAGCUUCAGUUACUGGUUCUAUAUGGGUUUGUCCGUGGCCGGACUCAUCUACCUGCGUGUUACUCAGCCAAACCGACAUAGGCCUGUCAAGUUGACUCUGGUCAUCCCCUCCAUCUACUGCGUGUGCAGCGUGUUCCUGGUCAUUGUCCCUCUGUAUGGAGACACCAUCAAUUCUCUCAUAGGAAUUGGCAUUGCACUCUCUGGCGUGCCAGUAUAUUAUGUAACCAUUUACCUGCCCGAGGAAAAGAGGCCCAAAUUCAUAAGCAAAUUAAACAACUUUGCCACUCGACACACCCAGAUGUUGCUUUAUUGCUGCUUGACUGAACUCGACAUUGAGACAGAGACACAAGCAGGCACUAAGACGCAGUGAGCUGCAGAGGAGCUCUUGUUUGUUUGUUUGUUUGGUUGGUCGGUUGGUUGCCGUCGAGACGCGACCUGAGAUGAGACGGACAGCACAGCGAGGAGUUGACUCACAACAUUUGUGACGAUUACUUCAAAAAAAAGAAGAAGAAAAAAAGACUCACCUGAAAGGAAACUUGAGAGACUGUGAAUGUGAUACACUUUUCUACAGAGAAUGAGAAAUAUUUUAUAUUCAGGAUUUAAUAAAAAUGUUGAAAGACGUCACAUUUUUAUUUUUCAUGAUAAGGUGUAAAGUAAUUACAGUGUGUAUACGUGACAUUAAAUACUGCUGAGGUGGCAAAUUAGGUUUUCAACUGGAAAUUGCAUUUAAUUUUUCAGCAAAAAAAAAAGAAAAAGAAAAAGCAAGGGUCUGUAAUCGGCACGUGGACGUGUCCAUACAGCCACACAUCUCAACAGUAAAGUAGAUAAUCCACGUGACUGCUCAUCUUCUAACGCCUCUGUCUCGGUGGAAAAUGUCUACAGGUCACUGUAAAAUUGUAUAUUUCACACAGUAAUGACGAUUGUGCCCUGAACCAUCCUGCGCUCACACAUGAAAAACACAUGACCGCCUGAGGGUCACACACUGCUGUCGCUUCUGACGUUACCAAGCAAUCAGAACCCGGACGUUGUAGAGAUUCUCCCGCCCCUGAAUGGAUUAUCACAGUAAAUAAAUACAAUCAAAUCAGCUUUUUCCUCACAGCAGCAGUGCUGCUCGACCGACGUGUGUGGAAAAACAGAAUAUUCUCCCCCAGUAACUGAUUCAGGAGCUUUGUCUGGAUCUGGAUGAUGAUGAUGAUGAUAAUGGUCCGUACUUUAUUUUAUUGUGGAAUAAAGUGCUCUGUUUGGCUGUG